AUGGGAUUGCUCCACCAGAAAUUGAUGUCAAUGAUGCGGUGGAUUGUUCUGCCUCUCCUGUUAGUUUCAGCGUCUUCCUCUUUGAGUGAAUGUCGUCAGAUGAGUGCCCAGAAUGUACUUCUGAAGGAGCUACUUGGUGGCUACGGUUUCCAAUCAACCCGACCCGUAUAUAACGUAUCGGAUGUAACAACAGUGGUAUUUAGUCUGGUAAUCCGCCAAGUCAUAGAAUUGAGUGAGCGAUAUCAGACCUUGGAAAUGGGAGUUUGGUUAAGCCAGAUAUGGGUGGACGAGUAUUUAACUUGGGAUCCAAAUGAUUACAACGGCAUUGAUGUUCUUUACGUCGACAAGUCUAAAAUAUGGCUGCCAGAUACUACUCUUUACAAAAACGUUGACAAACCGUUUGACAGUUACAAGGGCAUCCCAUUGAUUGUACAAAAUAGUGGACACGUGGAAUGGUCUUCACCGUCUACACUGAAGACCUCUUGUAAAAUCAACGCCAGAAUGUUCCCAUUCGAUACCCAGUCCUGCGAAUUCAGGUUUACAUCAUGGGCCUACGGUGCCAAUCAGCUUAAUCUCACACAGUCUGAACGACUACCUUUAACUUCCACCUACGCUAAUGUUGGGGUUUGGGAGCUACUCAACGUAGAGGUAACCCGAGAAUCGAAUGCCUAUGGGGAAUCUAUAGCCUACCCUGAGCUAUCCUACCUUAUUCAUCUGAGAAGAAAACCUCUCUAUUUCUUGCUCCAUAUUUUCAUCCCGUGUGUUCUGCUCUCUCUUCUAAAUCUCAUGGUGUUUCUAAUGCCUCCGGAGUCAGGGGAGAAGAUAUCACUGGGUGUGACUAACCUGUUGUCGCUGAUUCUCUUUCAGCAGCUAAUUGGGUCAUUUUUGCCUCCAACGUCAGAAAACACUCCAAUAAUUGGGUAUUACUUCACGUGUAUGAUCGCCCUGUCAUGUUUCUCCAUCAUCAUCACCGUAGUCGUCCUCAACAUUUAUUAUCGGGAUAACCGGCGUCCCAUACCUCGCUCGAUAAAGUACCUCACAUUCAGAGUUCUCGGUAAGUUAGUAAGAUACCCAGCUCCCGAAGAAACUCUCGAUGAAGAACCAGUCGACGAAAGAUGUCCACACAACGGCCGUCUGGACUCCGGGCCCGAGACUAUCAGCCAUCGUGACUUGCUGCCGUCAGAUAUUCAUCUUUACCGGGUGGAUGACUGGGUAGAGAACCAUCAUUUUCAGCCCGACACUCUUCAAAUUGCACCGAGGCGAGAUUAUGCAUCGACCAACCGGUCAAAAACGUCCAGCUCCCCCGUCGAAAGAACCAAGGGCCACGCUGAAGAUCACCCAUCGGAACGAGAAGGCCGUGAUCGUGCUUUCAAGGGCUACGUCUGGAAAGAUGUUGCUCUGGUGAUAGACCGUACAGCCUUAUUCAUCAGCACUCUGGUUACACUGGGAUCAAUUGGUGUAACUGCCUCAAGUUACAUCCUGCAUAUUAAACAUGGUUGA